AUGGGAAGAGCUCCUUGUUGUGACAAAGCAAGUGUUAAGAAAGGGCCAUGGUCGCCAGAAGAAGACUCAAAGCUGAAGGAGUACAUAGACAAGCAUGGAACUGGAGGGAAUUGGAUUGCUCUUCCUCAAAAAGCUGGUCUCAAGAGAUGUGGGAAAAGUUGCAGAUUGAGAUGGCUCAACUAUCUCAGGCCCAACAUUAAGCAUGGAGAUUUCUCUGAUGAGGAAGACAGAAUAAUUUGCAGCCUCUAUGUUAAUAUUGGAAGCAGGUGGUCAAUUAUAGCUGCUCAGUUGCCAGGCAGGACUGACAAUGAUAUCAAGAAUUAUUGGAACACUAAGUUAAAGAAAAAGCUCAUGGGUUUGCUUCCUCUAUCUCAUCACAGUAAACAACCUCAAUUUCCAUCUUCUUCCCUUCAAAACCCCCCACUCUCUCCUUCUCACCAACUCUAUGGAGAUUACUGCCCAAUAACAACCUCAUCUUUCUCAUGUAUUGAACCCCUUUCACUCCCUUCAAGUAACUAUGCUAGCACAAGCUGCACAACCACCUCGGGUUCUCUCCCCUUUUACCAAAACCAAGAGUCCAUGGUUAGUAUUAGUCCCAUGCAAUGUUACUACCCUAUUAGAGACAACAUGCUCAUGUUUGGAAGUGAAGGAAGUUGCAGUUCCUCUGAUGGUAGCUGCACUCAAGGAAGAGAAAUCAAGCAAGAAGAAAUGGGUUAUCAGAGCUAUAAUGACAAUAACUUUAUGCUUAGUUACAAUAGCAUUAAUGAUGGCGGUGAAAAUGUUAACCAAUAUGGAGAAAAGUUGGGUGUUGGAGGGUGCUUUGACCACAAUUUAACACCGUUGGAUUGUGAUCUGGAGGAUAUCAAGCAAUUGAUUAGUAGUAGCAGCUUUAAUAAUCUUGAUGAAAACAAGACAAGGGAGAAGGGCAUGUACUACUACUACUACUGA